GACAGCGAUUUCGGGAAACAAGGAAAAAAGAUCAACAGUUGUGUAAACAAAUAUAAUUCUCUGUUUUCGAGCACAAUGGUUUACAUACAUUUCCCUUCUAAUUUAACAGAAGAAGAGCUUAUGCUUCAAGCAAAAUACGCAAAACUGAAGAAAAAGAAAAAAGCCUUGCAGGCGCUAAAAGCGCCGAAACAGGAACCCGAGAAAAAUCUUAUACCGAAACGACCGGCUGAUGCUCGUGAUGCACGCGAGGUCGCUCGCAAAUUGUUGAAGAGCGGCGCUAUACAGGCCAUCCAAAAACCUCAAAUUAAGCAGGAGGGGUGUUUCAAGCGCCCGAAAGGUCAAGAGAAAAAGCGAUCUCAACAAGAAUCCAGCCCAGGAGCGCAAUACCAAUCUUUUUCAUCCGUUGAGACUCCAACUCCAACCCCAGCUCCAAUACCUAUUUCAACAAAUCCCGUCCCAAGUCCAGAGCCACCAACUGAUAAAGAGCAGAGUCGAGUACCGAAUUUGUAUCAACAAUUUGCAAACGAACGCGAUCGAGAGGAACAGAUUGGCAAAGCUGGAGACUCUCCGAGGGAUAAGCCUCGUUCUGGAAACACCGUUUACGUUUCUGGAAAUAAAGUAACAGAGGAGUUUCUUAAGAAACAUUUCAAUGAGUUUGGCGAGAUUUUGAACAUUUCGAUGGAAAUCGAGAAGGGUCGAGGUUUCAUCACAUUUUCUAAAACUGAAUCAGCAGAUCGUGCAAUCAGUGAACUUCACACAAAAAAUGUUGCUGGUAUUCAAUUGCAAGUUCAAUUAGCAAGACGGCAGCCGCAGAUAAAUCCCAUUAACGACGCUGGAUCCUCUUCUGCUUGGUCAGCGCUUGCUACAAACCGUUCGCAGAAGGGUAAACACAAGAAUAACCGAGAGUUAGUGUGCUACGAUCAUGACGACAUUUUUUAAAGGCUAUGGUUACGGAGUCGCGAAUAUUCGAUUUUCACUGUAUACAUUAUAUAAUGGUGAUAAUACUUGUAUCAUAAAAUAUCGAUGUAAAACAACAUAAAUAAAUUCCGAAUUGCAUUGUUUCAACUCAUAUAAUUCAUACACACUGAGAGCGAAUAUGUAUUAUGGCGGGUUUACAUUAGGGAGAUAUAUAGCUAUAGAUGAAUUUAUUCACGUGAAAAUAGAUGUAAACGGGUGAGAAUAAAUAUGAUACACUUAUUCGAGG